AUUCCUUCCACGUUUCUUUAUCAUUAGUUGGAUCCUCCUCUAUCUAUCUCCCUAUUGCUAGUUUCUCCAUCAUUUCUCUCUUCUCUUAUCUUUCUUUAAGGCUGCCAGGCAAUGCAUGGUGGAUAUCUACAUGAUCACUAGUUAGCUUGAGAAGACACUGGAGGAAGAAGAAAGAGAAGACGGCAGCUGCUGCCGUUUGCUGCCACCGCGACGCGACGGCUGUUGCCAUUGGAGGAAGAAGAAGGAAACCAUGGCUAUCGCUACGGGUCUGAUUAAAUGCGCGACGAGAUCAAUGCACUGAAUUUCUAAGCACUAAAAUCUUUAAGAACUUUCACUACCAAGAAACAAUAAUGGCCGAGGUUGCAAUACUUUUAGCCAUUCAAAAGCUUGGUCUUGCAUUAGGUACAGAACUGCUGAACCAAGCUAGCUCUCUAUUUUCACAACAACUAGCAUCAUUGGCAGAGCUCCCUAAUAGUAUGGAACGCAUGAGCCGUGAACUCCAUGUGAUUCAUGGAUUCCUACUUCACAUCGAUAAGGUAGAUAGAAAAAAUCAAAUCCUAGAAGCAUGGAUAGAGGAGGUACGAAAAGUCGCAUAUACUAUUGAGGAUAUUGCGGAUGAGUAUAUCUAUCUUAUAGUUCAAGAUAAGCAACGACAAGGUGGACUGGUUGGUUAUAUGAAACAAGUGUUGAAGCAACCAAAAUCGUUUAAUAUCUUGCCUCGUAUUGCCUCUCAAAUAAAACAAGUAGAGAACGGCCUUGACCACCUCUCACGCUUAAAAGAUCGAUGGAUUCAAACAACAAGUAUUGGGCAUAGUACUAGUUCAGGUAAUGUGAGCGAAUGGACACAACAUAUGGGAAGCUCUUCUCUUUUCAUGGGUGAGGAACACCUCGUAGGGAUUGAGGAAGACCGAGAUACGUUAACUUAUUGGUUGAAGUCUGAGAAAUUGGAUCUCUGCAUAAUAACAGUGUGGGGUAUGGGCGGGCUCGGAAAAACUACUUUAGUCACCAAUGUUUAUAAAAGAGAGAGUAGAAAUUUUGACUGCUUUGCCUGGAUUUCUAUUUCUCAAACUUUUAAAGCUGAUGUUCUUUUUCGAAAAAUGAUUACUGAACUCUUUGGCGACCAAAAGAUAGUUCCAACUGACAUUGCCACCAUGGAUGAUAGAAAGUUAAGGGAGAAAGUAAAAGAAUUAUUAGGCCAAAAAAAGUAUCUAAUUGUACUAGAUGAUGUAUGGGACCCGCGAGCAUUUUAUGAAUUGCAAGAUUCUCUUGUUGAUGAUCAGAAAGGAAGUAGAAUAUUUAUUACAACCAGAAAUGAAGAAGUAGCAUCACUUGCAAACAAAGACUAUAAGCUUGAACUCAAACCUUUAUCCCCUCGUGAUGCGUGGAAUCUUUUCUGCAAGAGAGCAUUUAGGAACGAAGGAAAUCAAAAAUGUCUUCGGGAGUUAAAAAAAUGUGCAGGCAAAAUCGUGGCCAAGUGCAAAGGGUUGCCACUAGCUAUUGUAUCACUUGGCAAUCUCCUGUGCUUAAGAGAGAAUAGAGAGACUGAAUGGAAGCGAGUUUGUGAUCAGCUUAAUUACGAGCUUGCAAACAACCCAAGUCUCAAUCCCGUGAGAAACAUCUUGAAUUUGAGCUUCGACUGUCUUCCAAGACAUCUAAAGAAUUGCUUCCUCUCUUGCAGCAUGUUCCCAGAGAAUCAUCUUCUUAAAAGAAAAUUGCUUAUCAGGCUAUGGAUAGCAGAGGGUUUUGCAGUAGAAAGAGGAUCAAGCACGGCUGAGGAAGUUGCAGAAGGAUACCUCAUGGAGCUUAUCCGUCAGAGCAUGUUGCAAGUAGAAGAGAAGAACCACUUUGGUAGGGUAAUGUAUUGUCGGAUGCAUAAUCUUGUUCGUGAGCUGGCUGUCUCUUUAUCUGAAAGGGAGAAGUUUCACAGUAUUUAUCAGGAUAACGGGAGGGAAAGGGUGGUCGAUGCUAAUGCCCGUCGCCUGUCUGUUCUCAAAUGCAGCAAUGAUAUUGGAUUCGACAUUGAUCUACCACGGCUACGAACCUUUAUAGCAUUUGACACUACUAUGCCAUCAUCCUCAUUUUUACCUAUGUUUCCAUCCAAAUCAAGGUAUAUUGCAAUUCUGGAACUGCAAGGCUUUCCUAUUGAGAAUAUACCCAAUGCUAUUGGAGACUUAUUCAAUUUGCGAUAUUUGGGUUUAAGAGAUACAAAGGUAAAAUUACUACCAAAAUCCAUUGGCAAGCUUUCCAACUUGUUGAUCUUGGACCUCUGUCGAUCAGCUAUACAAAAGCUGCCUCGUGAGAUCACGAAUCUCAAGAAGUUGCGGCACAUGUUUGUUGAGAGGGUAAAUGACCCGACCGGAAAAGCCUUUCGCUUGCGUAGUGGUGUACGUGCACCAAAGGGUUUGUGGAAUUUAAAAGAAUUGCAAACGUUGCAGGCGGUUGAAGCAAGUAGCGAGUUGGUUGGGCGACUAGGAAAUUUGACCAACCUAAGAAGCUUUAGAAUAUGGAAUGUAAAGGAAACCUACUCUGCACAACUGUGUGCAUCAUUAUCACAGAUGCGUAGUCUUUCCUACUUAAGCAUUAAUGCAAGUGAUGAAAAUGAGUUUCUCAAUUUGAAAGGCCUGAAUCCCCCUCCCACGAAUCUUAAAAAGCUUACUCUAACAGGUAGAUUGGCAGCAGGAACGAUGGAGUGUCCUUUGUUCCAAGAUCUCCGAGAAUUAUGUCUAGUUUGGUGUCAGCUAACUGUGGAUCCACUUCCGUCACUCGCUCACUUAUCAAACCUCACUUACCUACUUCUUCAAGGGGCGUAUAAUGGGCAUCAGUUGUGCUUUCGUGUUCAGUGGUUCCCUAAUUUGAAGCUGCUUCACUUGAUUGACCUGCUGCAACUCGAACGAGUGAUGAUAGAGGAGACAGCCAUGUCAAACUUGGAAACUCUAUAUAUGGAAGACCUCAAAAAACUAAUAGAGGUCCCAGAAGGCAUUGAAUUCCUCACAUCGUUGCGGAAGCUAGUUUUGUAUGAUAUGGAUCCUCGUUUGACCAGUGGUUUAGAAGAAAACGACAAACUUGGACACAUCAGCUCCAUCUAUACUAAGUAGGAAGCACUCGAGGUGCCUUCUUUUCGCCUGGAUUCACUCACAAAUUCAGGUGAUCCUCUCCAUGGAUUCAAGCCAACGUAUGCAGUAUUUCUCAAUGUCGGCCAGCUGUGUCAUCAUUUGCAUAAACACUAUUAUUUAUUUGUCCUCUAGAUUGUUUCUAUAAACUCUGAUGCUGUUAUCGUAUGUAUUUUUUGUUUCAGUUUAUUCUUUCAAUCGCGUACUCUGUGUGUUGUUUUGCACAAUAAUGUAUAACGUAUGAUAUAUAGUAAUAUUCGAUGGGACUUAUUCUGUAAGGAAAAUAUUAUUGAUAAUAAUGUGCCGUUUUGUUGAAA